UUUCAAAGGUAUCAGCUGACACCAUGAAAUGCUGAUUUUUUAAUGUACAUUCAAAUAUACCACCACUUCAACAAUAACAACAACAUGAUGAUGACGAUGAGAGGCACUACCUCUCAAAGCUCCCAGCAGCAUUUUCAGUUGCUUCGUUCCACAAACUCCUCAUCAAAAUCAGAUGUGAGGAGAAGUAUGCCAGAUGUUAGUGAGGACUAAGAAGUUGGUUAGGACUUUUCUCAGGGUGGUGUCUUCAUGAGUAUUGGGCAUUAACUCUCGACAGCUACUUCACUCUCAUAUGCUGCAUGUGUCAUGUCUGUUUGGCAUUAGGAGAUAUGAAGCCAGCUGCAGGGAAAGUUAAAGGCAAAGGGUCUGCCCACUCCAGUCAGAUCUUCUCGGAGCACAGAGGUUUGUUUAUAGAACUCUCUCCAGUCCAGAGUCUGGGUCUCUUUACCGUAAGCCGCUUGGCUUCAGGCUCCACCAGCCUGAGAUUGAGGUUCUCUGGGGCAGGUGCCCCAGGAGAAGCCCUGAAGCUCUCUCUGAAGGGAAGAGGAGAUGGGCCCUUGUCAGCGCUCCUAUUUUCCCAAAGCGCCAAGGCUCCACCUGUGCGAUCCCAUCUCUUGCCAAUUUGAGAUUUCAACUACGUCGGCUCUAAGAAGUUGCUCUCACCUGUCGGUUUCCUCUUUGUCUUCUCCUAUGUUCUCAGCGGCUUCCAAAGGAGCCCUUCACCUGUCCUGUCUCCCACAGGGCCUCCAGGAUAGAUUGUUCUCCUCUGAAACUGACAACAGCCUGUACUUCACCUACAGUGGCCAGCCCAACACCCUGGAGGUCAGAGACCUCAACUACCAGGUGGACCUGGCUUCUCAGGUCCCUUGGUUUGAGCACCUGGCUCAGUUCAAGAUGCCCUGGACAUCUGCCAGCCGCCGGAAUUCUUGUGAGCUGGGCAUCCAAAACCUAAGCUUCAAAGUCAGAAGUGGGCAGAUGCUGGCCAUCAUAGGGAGCUCAGGUUGUGGGAGAGCCUCGUUGCUGGACGUGAUCACCAGCCGAGGUCACGGUGGCAAGAUCAAGUCAGGCCAGAUCUGGAUCAACGGGCAGCCCAGCUCGCCUCAGCUAGUGAGGAAGUGCGUGGCCCACGUGCGCCAGCACGACCAGCUGCUCCCCAACCUGACUGUGCGAGAGACCCUGGCCUUCAUUGCCCAGAUGCGGCUGCCCAGAACCUUCUCCCAGGCCCAGCGUGACAAAAGGGUGGAGGAUGUGAUCGCGGAGCUGCGACUUCGGCAGUGCGCUGACACCCGCGUGGGCAACACGUAUGUGCGAGGGGUGUCGGGGGGCGAGCGCAGGAGGGUCAGCAUUGGGGUGCAGCUCCUGUGGAACCCAGGCUCCUCGCUGUGUUGGGAAGGCAUCCUCGUUCUCGACGAACCCACCUCUGGGCUCGACAGCUUCACGGCACACAACCUGGUGAAGACAUUGUCCAGACUGGCCAAAGGCAACCGGCUGGUGCUCAUCUCCCUCCACCAGCCUCGCUCCGACAUCUUCAGGCUGUUUGAUCUGGUCCUUCUGAUGACAUCUGGCACCCCCAUCUACUUAGGGGCAGCCCAGCACAUGGUCCAGUAUUUCACAGCCAUUGGCUACCCCUGUCCUCGCUACAGCAACCCCGCUGACUUCUAUGGUGAGUCCCCAAGGCCAGCAGCCAGGGCCCUGGCACAUGGGGCCUCCCGGAUGCUUAAACCCUGCCCAAGCUUGCUGAAAAGAUUCAGGGGAGAAACUCCCAGAGGCUUCAGGAGAGGAGAAGCAAGGAUGGAGAAGAACAGGGGGUGGUUUGCCAGCUAUCAAAUGCUAGAUAUGAGGGCCUGGAAAUAGAAGCUUCUGACAAAUAGCCACCCUUCUGUGCAUGAUAGAUUAGAAACUUGCAAGCUCCAAAGAUGGGGGGGCAUGGAAUCCAAGAGGGUGGAGAUCAAUAAAGAUCAGAGUCUUUAUUCAGACUCGGUAGGGAAACAACCUUUAAGGUCAAGAAGUCACCAGAUCUUAAAACAUGUCCUGGUGUUCAAACAGUGGCAGGGAGCCUGAAGGUGCAGGGUGGCAGAGAGGGGCCCAGGGUGGUGGCCUUGGCCAGAGAAUCUCUAGAUAUGAAAAUUGCUCUGGCAGCCCCAGACUUGCCCUUUGCUUGGCUCCUGAACCCUCAGCAUAUUACACUCAGGGAGCAUGAGCCACUGCCUUCAUUCUGCAGGGGACAGUUGCCUUCCCAGGUACCUGGCCUGAAAUCCUGAGUGCUGAGGAAGGGCUUGGCUGCUGGACAGGCGGCAUUGUUGUACCAGGUCCCGGGGAGGCAGCUGUCAUGGCUUGUCCUGUAGGUCACCUGAGCCCCCAGUUUCCACCCAGGCUGGCAAGCUGUAGCAAAGACCCCACCAGUAAACAGGACAACAGUGAUCAUCUUGAAGGCAAACACGGGGCCCAAACAUGCCAGGCCCAGAGGGUCUCCUGUUUGACUCUCAAACCCCUGCCAGGCCAAGGCCAUCUCCAUCUUUACAGAUGAGAAGCCUGGCGCCUGCAGAGCUAAACACCUGCUCCAGCACAGCUGUAAGGCACAGAACUGGGACUGGUGCCCAGCCCUGGCCCUGACUCCUCAUCCAGCUGCCCACACCCUCCUCCUAGUGUCCCAAGUUCUCCACCAUCCUUACCCCAGGAGGACAGGCCGCACCUCACCCUAUGUACUCACAUUCUGCACAAACUCACAGAAA